AUGACUUUCGAGACAACUGUUCCGCGAAUCUUAUUCAUAGACUCGUAUGAUUCAUUCACAUUCAAUUUGGUCUCACUGUGCAGAGGCUAUCCCGACUGUGCUGUGCAUAUCAUCAAGAACGAUGCGUUCACCAUAGAACAACUACUGCCCUUUCUCCCGCUAUUCUCUGCCGUGGUGGUUGGUCCAGGGCCCGGAUCUCCGCAAAACGACCAGGACAUUGGUGUUAUCAAGGAUCUUUGGGGACUUGCCGCCAAUGUACUGCUCCCGAUCUUCGGUGUGUGCCUCGGGCUGCAGAGCCUCGGUGUUGCGUACGGAGCGAGGCUGGAGCGAUUGAACGUCGUGAAACACGGGCAGGCUUCCCUUAUCCACCAUACCGGCCGUGAACUUUUCGAAGGCGUUGGGCUCGUGGAAGCUGUGCGAUAUCAUUCGUUGCAUGUUACAUUGCUGGAUGCUGGCGAGGUCGAGCAGCUUGCAUGGGCAGAUGAUGGCAGCGAGAACGGGCUCGUCGUCAUGGCGAUGCGCCACACUUCCAAACCAUUCUGGGCUGUGCAGUAUCACCCGGAGUCAGUCUGCACUCAAGGAGGAGGGAGGGAUGUUGUGUCGAAUUUCUGGAGCUUGGCACAAACUUGGUCGAACAAACAUGGGCGUCGCACUUCCAUGGAACUCCUCAGCUUCCUCUACUUUUGGAAAUCCUCUCAGAUUGUUUCGACUCGUAUCCUCGACCUUCCCAAUCUCACUGCUCGCCAAGUCUGUGAACUUUUCGGUGUAGCAAACGACGAAUCUCCGUUCGUCUUGCUCGAUUCGGCAGCUCAACCUGGCCGACAUUCCAUCAUUGGCUCGCUUCUUCCGUCUUCGCCUCAAUUGAGCUACUUUGUGGGGACGCCUAUGUAA